AUGCCCGCCUCUCUGGAGACCUGCCUCUCCGACCUCGACUGCUCCAGCAGCAGCAGCAGCAGCACCAGCGGCAGCAGCAGCAGCGACCUGUCCGGCUUCCUCACCGACGAGGAGGACUGUGCCAGGCUCCAGCCGCCUGGCUCUGCCUCGGGGCCACCUGCGCCACCCCGCAGAGGCCCGCCCGGGAUACCCGGGGCGCCCGAUGCUCCAGGGGCGCAAGACGAGCAGGAGCGGCGGCGGCGCCGGGGCCGGGCGCGCGUGCGCUCCGAGGCGCUGCUGCACUCGCUGCGCAGGAGCCGGCGCGUCAAGGCCAACGAUCGCGAGCGCAACCGCAUGCACAACUUGAACGCUGCGCUGGACGCUCUGCGCAGCGUGCUGCCCUCCUUCCCCGAUGACACCAAGCUCACCAAGAUCGAGACGCUGCGCUUCGCCUACAACUACAUCUGGGCCCUGGCGGAGACACUGCGCCUGGCUGACCAGGGGCUACCCGGAGGCGGUGCCCGGGAACGCCUCCUGCCGCCGCAGUGCGUCCCCUGCCUGCCAGGGCCCCCGAGUCCCGCCAGCGACGCCGAGUCCUGGGGCUCGGGCGCCGCCGCCUCCCCCUGCGCCGCCGCCACUUCGCCACUCUCCGAUCCCAGCAGCCCCGCCGCUUCCGAAGACUUCGCCUAUGGCCCCAGCGAUCCCCUUUUCCCCUUUCCCGGCCUGUCCAAAGACUUGCUCCACACGACGCCUUGUUUCAUGCCCUACCACUAG